UGUAAACAUGGCGUAAGGGAAACACUUACAAAAUUGCAUGCCAUUGCAAUUAUUUUAGGUCAACAAUGGACUGAAAAUCUCACUUUUUUACUAAAAUGAGGUCCUGAAAUCUCAUGGAAUAUGGGAUAGGCUGCAUUUAAGCGAUGAAGAAAUCACAAGAUUUCGUCAUUGGACGAGACACUGUUUUGGCAGAAUUAGAACCACUGAGUGAUCUGUUAGGCUCCCUCGUUCACAAGGCACAGUUUGGUCCCAAGAAUUUGGUCGGCCAUGUGUGGGACAAAACCAGAGAACAUGGUGUGAAAAAGUUGUUUAACACAUUGAAAGAGAGAGUGCAAGAGAAUACUAAGUCAAUUCCAAUUGAGUACACGUGUGUGGAUGUAUCAUUUGAUGCAAUUGUGCUUGGUACAAGUAUAGGAGUGAUCUUCUUGUACGAUCGGACCUGUAGGAAGCUCUCAAGGUUGCCAUCGGAGGUCACUCAUGAACCAGCCAGAUGUAUAAAGCUCUUACCUACACACAGUUAUACAGCCGUGGGAUUCAACAGUGGUUUAGUGACAAUUUUCGCAUUUGUUCUGGCAUCACAAGGGUUUGGAAAGCCUCAGACACUGCUUGUAAGCGGAGCCCAUAACAGUCCAGUGACCUGCCUGGAGUGGUCCCCUGAUGGUGAGCUGCUCUACACUGGAGAUGCAUUGGGCACAGUUUUUGUUACAGUUUCCAACUUCCACAAGGGUUUGACCCAGACAGCCAUGAUGUUCCAGGAAGCAUCUCCCAUUGUUCAGUUGUCAUAUUCAUGGGAAGCCCUUUUAAUUUCAUCUGAGAAAAGAACAGUUUUAUGGAAUUUUAGCAAUGAACAGAUUACUCAGAUUGGGCAGAAGGAAAGGAAAAGUCCUGGACGAUUUGGAGCCCUGUUUUACCCUCCGGCUAAAGGAACUGCAGAUGGCAAGUCCAAGGGAUCGCUUGAAAUCUACACCUCACGGCCAGGGUUGCGACUAUGGACAGCUGAUGUCAAUGGCAAGGUUUCUGCAACGCUUAUGUACAAGGGCUUGACGAACGAAAACCCUCCCGGUAUUACCACAUUAGAUCCCCCACCUCCCUGUUUAACAAAACUCCCUAAGGAUUCUCAAGUGCAGUUUGGCCCCCUGAGGCUCUAUCACGGGCAAUUCUUUGUCACAUGGGAUGUUUCUCGCCUUUGGGUCCUGGAUACGUCCCCUUGUGCUCUCGUGGGUUACCAUGGUAACUUAGGAGAUAUUGUGGACGUCAGUACGGUGGGGCAUGAGAUCUACGUUUUGCAGCGGGGAGGGGAGAGGCUAUUGAUGAAGUUGUCACUGAUUCCCAAACUGGCCAACCCUUUGUUGGAUGUCGUAGCGCUGUUGGAGCGAAGCCUUAAGGAAGACGAAGAGGAUGGUGCAAAGCCUCACCUUGAAUCAACCGUUCAACACAAGGAGCUCAAAUCAGCCGAGGAAAUCCCGGAUGGGGAAAAAGUUUCAAAGCUUCCCUUGUGUGAAACCGAACCAUCGAUAGCAGAAAUAGAAGCAGAAACUGAAUCAGCUGCACCACAGCCUGACCCUUUCAAAAAAUACCAAGAGAUAAGACAUCAAGAUUUUGGGGAAAUUGUGUUCCGGAAAAACAAAAAAUCCAAGAAGAAGGCCAACAAAGGCGCUGACCCUUCGCAAAGAACAGCGGAUCAGGCUCACGGUGACAUCGAAGAUCAACUAGCUGAAAAUAACACACUAAGCGGACACCCUGACUUACCUCUCCCCCCUGACCCAGAACAGAACCGCAGUGCUGUUGUUCACCCUCCUGACCCUGCGUUAAAUAGAUAUUCAAACAUCUCGUCAGAUUUCGACUCUGGUGAUCGGCUGAGUGGAGAAAACCAAGACUCAGAGGGAGAGGACGGGGAUACUUGUACUUCGCCUCAUUUGAUGGUUGUUCACGUUACCAAGGAAGGGGCGCAGGAAAAACACGAAGUCCAUGAUGACGUCAGCUACUCGUCGUGCGUUACAAAAGAAGACGUAAGAAGUCAAAACGACAGCGUGACCAUUCAGGAUAGUUGUGUGACUGAGGGUGAACUUGCUGUUGAUUUCGAGGGGAACGUGACAUCAUUAGAAAAUGCAGACACGUGUGGUACCUCUCUAUCAUCUGCUAACAUAUCCGACGAAACGCUCUCGCCUGACAACAGUUUAUGUAUGGAUUCUGUAUCUCUAUCGACGAGUACGAUGGUUGAAGACGGUGCUGUUAUUGAAGACUCCACACUGAGCCCAGAGGACUCGCUCAGCGCUGAUUACUUGCAGGACAUAUACUCCAAUACACCUGUCAAUUUUUCUGACGCAACGUUUUCGGAUGCGUCUGUUGAGAAAUCCUCACGCUCUAAAACCCGGCUCGGAAACACUUCCGGCCUCGGAUCCGCUUCGUCGCUGAAAGAAGGAAGUGAUGUUCCGAUGGAUUCCGAAGGUACCCCUCCUGUGUACCUUGACUCCGAGGGGGCCGAAGAGCUCAGCGACACUGCCUCUUGGUCCCUUUAUCUCUCGAGAAGGACCAUGAGUGAUGCCGAAAUAGUGAACCACGAGGAUGCACCAGUUCUUGAAGGAUCCUUUUCCUCCACUGGUUCUGGCUCCUCGCUGUCAAAGUCUCCUGGAUCCACCAAAGAAGGUCUACGCCUUCUCGCAGACAGCUGGGCGGACUACACCCCUCCAGGGCAGGGCUACGUACAGUUUGUAGCUGUUUCAGAUACUCACAUUUGGUGCAUAACCACCCACGAAAACAUCUUUUACUGCCCUACUCACUACUCUGUUGUGAAUUGGACUCAGCUCGGUGGCUCGGCAAGAAUGAUAGCCGUCAACAACACCGGUGAUGUCAUUUGGAGCGUUGAUCGUAGGAAUUAUGCGAAUGCGCGUUUUGGGGUCAGCAAGAAUCACUUGACUGGCAAGAAGUGGCAGCCAGUAGAGAAGGAAAUGCGCUAUGUGGCUGUGGACGAAACAGCAGUUUGGGGAAUAAAGUUGAACGGCGACGUUUUUGUGAGAACGAAUGUCUCCAAGGAGUGUCCCACAGGAAAAGGAUGGCGAACGAUUCGAGUGGACUCAAGAUUCACGCAAGUAUCGUGUUUUGGUGGAGUGGCGUGGUUCUUGGACAGGGAAAACUUCAUCCAUGUCUACAAAGGAGACGUCCACUCAAAUCCAGGCGGAAAUGAAAACUGGGAGACACUGAAUGAUGUUUCUGCUAAGUGGGUUUGCCUUGGAAUACAAGGGGUAGCGUGGAUUGUGGAUACGAAAGGCUGCAUUUGGUUCACUAACGUGACCAGUGAAAAUCCAAUGGGUGGCACUUGGUAUCAGGUUUCCCUCGGCCAAUACCUGAUGCAAAACCGCACCUUACUUGAAACGCUCUGGUCCUGGGUUCUACGAGAUGACGUCAAGCUUUUGACUGCGAGCCCUAAAGCAGGGGUCUGGUUAUUAGGGAGUGUAGGCUCUCUGCAGGCCUCGCACGGUCACUUGCUAGGGGCUCGUUGGGAUCCUGUGAUACCACAAGGAAUUGCUCAGUCUGUGUUCUGGUCCCACUUGUCUACGGGCUCAUGCAAAGGUGACAAAGGUCACGUGUGGGCUUUACAACCCAAUGGGGAGCUUAUUUGCUUCCAAUUGGGGAACCGUCCUGUUACUGUCGAACCACCUCGUGGCAAAGUUUUAAAGCUAAUUUCAGCGUCGGGUUCUAGCCUGUGGGGCGUAACGCACAACUUCAAAGUCGUGCAACGCUCAGGAAUCUCGGACGCAUAUCCACAAGGGGUAAGCUGGCUUGAAUCGAGACUUUCCCUGUUCGGUGUUGGUAAAGUUUUGCACCUCAGCUGCGGAGCACUGAGCACCUGGGCUGUUGAUGACGCAGGAAAUGUCUUUUUACGGAUAGGCAAGGAGGACUCUUCGGACCCAUCUGUUACUCAGGCGUGGAUCCCAGUCGAAGGUGCUCCUCUAUGUGGCUGUCGAUUCGCUAAGAUCGCUGUAAGCCCGUCGGAUCGCGUGGUCUGGGCGGUGGAUGAUCGGAACAAUGUUUACGCGCGCCAUAAUGUCACACCAAGCUUCCCUAUAGGUACUGCGUGGGAAGUUGUCCCCGGCACGGGUGUGCGAGACGUGGCCAUCAGCGAACACAUGGUCUGGGCGAUUUGUCCCAACGGGGACAUCGUGUGUCGGUACGGGGUCAGCGAAGACAACUGCUUGGGGCAUUACUGGAAGAAAGUCCCUGGGAAUUUUGAGCUUAUCUCGGUGACUCCCGAUGAUGAACUCUGGGCCAUCGAUCAGAACGGGCAGCUGUUUCUGCGCAAAACGCAGCAUUUUUAUGGUACCCAGUCUCCGUUUAGGCCACGAACAUAUAGCGCCAUAUUUUCUGGUGAAGAGGACUGGGAGUUUAUAUAAUGUGUGUGAAAUGUGAUCAAGAUGUAACGAAUUCCUCAAGUUAAAAAUUCGCGUUUUUAUGCGAAAUUAUGACGUUAAAAAAAAUUUUUAAAUUAUUUCAUAGAUUUCAGAUUGUGUAGAAUAUAAAAAGCUACACAGAAAUGUAAAAUUUCACAGUUAUAACCGUUAAUUCAAAUAGGUUUUUAGUGGAAACUUAGACUAUCAUUUUGUGAUGAAGUGUUAAUUCGAAGACUGCAAUCAAAUUUACUCAAUUUUAAACAAUCCAGUGUUAAACGUAUUCAACUAAAGGUUCAAUCAACCGUCAUCUCCCUGGUAAUAAAAGAAAACAAGUUACGACUGACAAGUAGCCACCCCUUUCGAGAACUGAACUGCUCUUCAUUUCUUAAAAAUAAAUGGUGUUUGGAAAUAUCGUAGAAAGGUUUACAUUGUGUUUCAAGAGAUGUUACCAUGUGAAAUUUAUCUUGAAGUAAAUCUUUUUGAUUAAUUUUCUAUGAAAAAUCGAUGUUUAUUUUUUGUA